AUGUACGGCGAAACUACGACGACUGCACCGGUCGACCCGUACUCGGAUGCCUACAAUGCACCUCCUCCAGCCCAAGUUCCAGGUGACAGGGAUUCUGCGCCAGUGGCGCGAGGGCGCUCGCGUUCACGAAGUCGCAGCCCGUUCCGUCAUAGGUCGCCUGCCCCGCCCAGGCGUCCUGCACAUGCGCCCAUUGCGCCCAAUCCGACCAACGUUCUCGGAGUGUUCGGUCUGAGUAUACGCACCCAAGAGCGGGAUCUUGACGAAGAAUUCAGCCGCUUUGGACGUGUUGAAAAAGUUACCAUCGUCUACGACCAAAGGUCCGACCGAUCUCGUGGAUUUGGUUUCAUCAAAAUGGCAACGGUCGACGAUGCCACGCGCUGCAUUGCCGAGUUGAACGGCAUCGAUCUCAACGGCCGCCGCAUCCGCGUUGACUAUUCGGUUACCGACCGACCUCAUGCUCCGACACCAGGAGAGUACAUGGGACACCGACGGCCGAAUCGCGACAAUCACUAUACUGGUCGAGACAAUAGGGAGCCGGGACCGGGAGGAGACAGAGACCGGGACCGGGAUCGUGACCCAUACGGACGGGAUAGCAGAGACUGGCGUGAUCGCGACCGGCGCAGCCCGCCGCCUCGACGAGGAUAUUCUCCUGAUUAUAGAAGGCGUAGGAGCUAUUCUCGUAGCCCGCCGCGUGGCAGCAGCCCUUCGCGUGGUAGGGACUACGAGGCUCCAGCAAGUGCGAAUGAUUCGCGGUGGUAA